AUGGAACCAACUUCGAGUUCGGCCUGUGAUUCGGAUCCCUCCCUCCAGACGUGCGUCCGAUGCUGCCUGGAAAAGCCUAUCGAUGAUUUUGUGUCAAGAACGAAGGCAAAGCGACCAACCAAAUGGUGUCUUGCCUGUCGAUACUACGGCAACGAGCGCUGGGCAGCAAGCAAGAAAUUGCGGCUCGAAACAGAGAAAGACCCCGAGUCGCAGGAGAAAGUUAGCAGCGGGCAAUCCGUGAGCGAACAAGAAGGCACAGAAACUCCAGUGGUCAGCAAGAUGCCACAUCGGGUCCGUCCAAGCUCUCGCAGGGCUCCCUAUAUGGUACCUGCCUACGCAACAAAGACCCUGCCGUACAAGACUCCCGAGGCCGGGUAUUUUUCGAUGAUCCCCGAGCAGACUCAAGUCCCGAUGCCAGGCCGGGCAGCAGCAUGCCAGACAUAUCCAAUCCCUGGAUAUGUUCCGUACAUGCCCCCUGGUCCUGGCACCUACGGUCUCCAAGGAGCACCCGGAUGUUUGCAGAUUGUCACCCCUCCGCUCAACCCAUCCGCCAUGUACUCUAUAAGGUGGAACUAUGGCUAUGGAGCAUCACUGUCCAUGAUGCAAAGCCCACAAUGGGGCGCAUCUAAUGAUUUCAGUCCUCUGCCCGCCGCUCAAGAAAGCGAUGGGGGAGAUACUAGCGGUUCCGAAAGUGAAGGCUCCGGGUGUACCACGUCCAAUAGUGGAAGCUCCGAACAGGGAACCCCCCAGCAUGACAGCUUGAGUCAGGGAGUCCUUGGAAACGGAUUUUCUGCUAACACCACGUCCCAAGAUGAAACUUCGGUUCAUGUGACAAUUGGGGAGGAAGAUUCUGAUAACGGAGACACCGUGAGCGCGGUCUUCGCAAAGCUAUCAUCAGUGUCAUCAUCUUCAGGUGUUACAGGCAACCCACUCCGAGUCCAGUCCUAUGAUUGGGAGGGAGAAAAGGAGAAGAUCGGUGAAGGAUGUCAAGAAGAGAAGUUCCGGGUCUCUUCUGAGGACCCUGAAUCUUCACCAGCCCCCUACUUCAUUUGCUUAUCCUGUUGUACCCCGAGGCCAAGCCGCCUGGGUGAUGACGGCAUCUGUGUUUACUGCUUUGAAGAUCCGACGCAGUAUUGCAUCCAAGGAGGUCAUGAGGAUCACAAAACCUCGUUCAUCGACACUGAUGGGCGAUUUCAUGAGGUUUGCAAUCGGUGUCGUGCUAAUUCAGAUCUACGAUAA